AUGGAAGAGAGAAUACAAUUCGAUAUCAACGAUUCGCUCAAGUAUUACUUGAGUGAUCCAGCUUCUAUACCAACACCUGAUGCUGAACCGGAACUCCUCGACUGUGAAAAUGACCCCGACCAGUUGUCGCCCGCCCUAGUGGAUAAUGUAUUGAAUCCGAUCGUGGAUGCUGUUGCGGAGAACCCUGAAGGAUUGACGAGGGCCUCAUUCUUUGAUUCCCUCCAACUGUUGUUAAAAUAUCCGACCCUCCUCUCCGCCAAAUCGCUAAGCAAGGUGCUGGACCUGAUCGUAUCUGGACUCUCCGUGGAAGCCGACAUUAUCCAUGGAGACCUAGAAGCUGACGAGCAGGAUGCGAUCCAACACCACAAGCAGCUCCUGGAAAUGUACGGAUUUCUCCUCCAAUGGGCCCUGUCUGCCGUCGAGGUGAAAGCCGCCGAAAAAACUGCUGAGUCUGCGCCUGCCCGCCGUGGAGGACCCAAGUCGAAGAAAUCCGCCAAGGAUGGCCAAUGGGAUUGGACUCCUCAAAUUCAGAUUUCUAUGGAGACCAUGUGCAAGGUAAUGAAACUAAAACUGAGCCGCAUAUUCCUAACCACCUCGGACCGCGAUACCUUCAUCAACCUUUUCACGCGCACAAUCUAUCUCAUUUUGGAGAGUGAGCAGCGGGUCAAAAGUAUGGCGAUUCGCAUGCAUGCGUUUAAGGUCUUGUGUAUCGCUGUAAAGCAUCACGGCCAUGCAUUUGGUGCCCAAACAUCCAUCGUACAAAGUUUGACCUACUUCGAGCAUCUAUCAGAGCCCAUGGCCGAGUUCCUGCACAUCCUUUCAGAGCAAUAUGACUAUCCGCAGCUUUCGGAUGAGAUUUUGAAGGAACUUGGAAACAAAGAGUUCAAUUCCAACGAUACGCGAGGGCCGAAAUCUGUUUCAGCAUUCAUAAUCAAGCUAUCUGAGUUAGCUCCAAGGUUGAUUAUCAAGCAAAUGACCCUCUUAGCGAAGCAGCUUGAUAGUGAGGCAUAUACAUUGCGAUGCGCGGUCAUAGAGGUCUGCGGCAACCUCAUUUCUGACUUAAGUCGACAAGAAGAACCCAGCGAAAACUACAAGACCCAAAUCAACGCCUUUUUCGACGUGCUGGAGGAGCGGUUCUUGGAUAUCAACCCAUAUUGUCGAUGCAGGACAAUCCAAGUCUUCAUGCGCAUCUGUGACUUGGAGCAGAAGUUCCCCAAGAGACGCCAACGCGCUGCUGAGCUAGCCGCGCGAAGCUUGGAAGACAAAAGCAGCAAUGUGCGACGUAAUGCGAUCAAAUUACUUUCAAAGCUUGUCGCAACGCACCCCUUCAGCGUCAUGCACGGUGGCCAACUUUCAUACAAGGACUGGGCGGAGAGAUUGGACGGUGUAGACGCAGAAUUAAACGCCUUGAGACCCCCCGAGACCCCCGGCUUCGACGCAGAUGUUACUCAGAUGCCAGAUAGUGAACUUUUGGAUGAAGCAACUCAACUGCCCGAUGACUCUCCUUCGAAAGCCCCCAGAAUGACCGAAGAAGAGAAGGAAAUAGCUGUGCAAAAGGCAGCAGAACAAGCGGCGAUUUCGGAAUUGUUGACUCGCUUGCAACUCACGAGAAAGUACUACAAUGAGGCGUUGCGCUUCAUUGAAGUUCUUCACUCUGGUUCCACCAUUGUGUCCCAGCUACUCUCUUCCCGUAACAAGAGUGAAGUCAUCGAAGCCAUGGACUUUUUCGUGGUGCUUGACGCCUACAAGGUCGAGACUGCUCGAGCUGGAAUCAGACGCAUGCUCCGUUUGAUCUGGACCAAGGGCAACAGCGAUGAAGGAAAAGGUGUCCAGACUCAUCUCAUUGACUGCUAUAAGGGCCUCUUUUUUGAUGCGCCAGCCUCCUUCAGCUCUAAUGACGCAGCGAACUACAUUGCGCGGAACAUGAUUAGUCUGACGUUUGGAUCAACACCAGCCGAACUCACCUGCCUUGAGCAACUGAUGAGUACAAUGAUGAAAGCUGGGCACAUAUCUGACGCAGUGAUAGCCAAGCUUUGGCAAGUCUACAGUGUUCAGAAGAAAGAAAUUUCGAAAACUCAACGCCGAGGCUCAAUUAUCGUACUCGGAAUGCUUGCAUUAGCUGACCCCGAGGUGGUAGUCAAGGAGAUUGAGGCGAUGCUACGGAUCGGCCUUGGCGGGCUGGGAAGAUCUGAUCUUGUUCUGGCUAAGUACACAUGUAUUGCUUUACGACGAAUGAUGCCUGGUCGCCAGGCCAAGUCCAAAGAUAUUGGCAUUUCCAAAAUUGCCAACGACCAUGCGGUUCUGACCAAGCUCGCUGCCAUGCUCGAGAUCAGCUCUAAUAGCAAGGAGUGGUAUGGUGUUGCAGAGCAGGCAGUUGGUGCUAUCUACACCCUUUCAAAGCAUCCUGAUGCUCUUUGCUCAGACAUUCUCCGCCGGAAGACUCGAUUUGUUUUCCAGCCUCAUCUUCAACGCCCCUCAUCUUCCCAUACCUCAGCGGAAGGCGAAGAGCAAAGACCCGGGACUGCUUCGACUGAUGAACAAGGUUCAAAGCUCAAGCCUUCAUCUGCGGCCCUGUCGCAGCUUCUCUUUGUUGUUGGCCAUAUUGCCAUCAAGCAAAUCGUUCAUCUCGAGCUGUGUGAGCUUGAUUUCAAACGCCGUAAGGCGGAGCAAGAGAAGAACAAAACCGCAGAGGCUGCUGCUCAGAGGAACACAGACAAUACCGAUGAUGACGAACUCGAUCUCAUCGGAGGUACCACCGAAGACGACUUUACGGAUGCCAUGGCUCAUAUUCGGGAGCGUGAACUUCUCUAUGGAGAUAACUCCCUUCUCGCCAAGUUCGGACCCUUGGUUGCCGAGAUUUGUGCCAACAACAAUACCUAUGCGGAUCGUGAUCUGCAAGCAUCGGCUACAUUAUGUAUGGCCAAGCUGAUGUGUGUAUCCGCGGAAUACUGUGAGAAGAACCUACCACUUUUGAUUACGAUUAUGGAGCGCUCCGAAGAUCCCAUUGUUCGCAGCAAUGCUGUGAUCGCACUUGGAGAUAUGGCUGUCUGCUUUAACCAUCUCAUUGACGAAAAUACGGAUUUCCUUUACCGACGUCUCAACGAUGAUGAUGCCUCUGUCAAGCGCACAUGUCUCAUGACAUUAACCUUCCUUAUUCUGGCUGGUCAGGUCAAGGUCAAAGGCCAGCUCGGGGAGAUGGCUAAAUGUCUGGAAGACGAAGACAAGAAGAUCGCGGACCUGGCGCGGAUGUUUUUCACAGAACUGGCUACCAAGGACAACGCUGUUUACAACCACUUUGUCGAUAUGUUCAGUCUGUUGAGUGCUGAGCGUAACCUCGACGAGGCAGCCCUCCGGCGCAUUGUCAAAUUCUUGAUUGGAUUUGUUGAAAAGGAGAAACACGCUCGACAAUUGGCCGAUAAACUCGCUGCUCGACUCCCGCGGUGCGAAACUGAGCGGCAAUGGAACGACGUUGCCUACGCCUUGUCGUUAUUGCCUCACAAGAACGAGGAGAUCACGAAGACCGUGACAGCGGGCUUUAGCAAAGUUGUGAGCGCCACGGCUUAG